AUGCGAGAGCUAGUUGGAUUUCUCUCUGUGGAAGAGGGAAAUGCUGGUUCUAGCGGGCAUGUAUUGCCUUCCCGAGCGAACGUUAGAGUUGUUUCCCUGGCUCAUCCACUGAAUUUUAUCAUUUCUUGUUCAUCUGUGGGUGCACAAGCUGGGAGGGUUACUGCUCCUAUCCAAAAAAGGCAAAGUGUAUGUGUGGUGCCGUUGUCGUACGACGAGACAAAAUCCGAUGAUCUGGGUCUUCGUCCUCGUAAAGUGAGCAAGACUGUAUCUAUGAGCAGGCUUCUUGGAAGCAUCCGGGAUGUUGUUGGCAACAAGUUCUCUAUGUCUGUGCAGAAAAAUAAAGUGGUGAUCCCUGAUUCUACGACAUCACCUCCUCUAUCAUUUGCUAAAACCUCCCCGAUCGUUCUUAGUUCUGACUCCACAUUUGGGAGUGCAUUGGGUUCACCUAGGGGAUCCAAUCAGUCAAAUAAACCUUUAGUGAAAUGA